AUGUUUACAGGUGAAAACAUUCAAUUUCUUUAGUAAUUACAUUAGUUGAAGGAAAUAUGCAAGAUAGGAGAGGGUAGUUUUGGUAAAGUCUAUAAAGCAAUUGAUUUAACAGACAAAUCCAUUUGUGCAGUCAAGGUUAUUUCGAAAAUCGUUUACAAUAGUACUACUCCUGAAUAGGAUAUCUAUUUAUAAUUGAAUCAUCCCAAUAUUGUGAGAUGCAAAAGAACUUCAGAAAACAAAAAAUACUAUUAUAUAAUUAUGGAAUACAUGGAAGGUGGCACUUUAGCCUAGAAAAUGAAAGAGAAACAAUUGAAUGAUCAGGAAGCAGCAGUUAUCAUGAAAUCAAUUUUGGAAGGAGUGAAUUACCUGCAUGAUAGAUCAAUUAUCCAUAGAGACAUUAAACCAGAAAACAUCAUGUUGACAGGAACAAAUGUUAAAAUUGCUGAUUUUGGAUUGAGUUUUCGAUUCUCAUCCAGCGAAGGCAAUUUUCAUAAAUUAUUAAAUAAAAAAUGCGGAACUAUUAUUUAUAUGGCACCAGAACAAUUUACUGAAAAAUAUUACAGCAAAUAAGUCGAUGCCUGGAGUUGUGGAAUUAUACUCUAUAUGCUUUUAAAUGGAGGAAUGCAUCCCUUCUAUAAUAAGGAUGACACCAAAUAUGAAUUCAUUAAGAAGAUCCUCAAUCCUUCAAUUGAUAUCCCAUUAAAUAUAUCUCCUUUGGCUAAAGAUCUAUUCUUUAAAUUGAUCAAUGUCAACCCAAUAGAUAGAUACAAUGUAAGUCAAGCCUUGAUGCACCCAUGGAUUACAAGGAAGUUUCAUGAAAAGAUUCCACUCACCUAUUAAUAGUAAUUGGACUAGUUCUUAAAAGAAUAACAAAUUCGAUAGUAAUUUAAGUUAUUAUUCUUCUUGCAAUAUAUCUAUCAUAAUUCACCAAGAGCCUAAACCUUUUAAGAUAGUGUGAAAGAGGGAGGACAAGAGAAUUCAAUUCUUUAGUAAAAUCAAACAAGUGCAAGUCCAACUCAAAAUAAGUUUAAGAUCUUGUAGAUAAAUAACAAACAUAAAAAUUAAUGCCACACAACUCCUAGGACAGAUUGUUAAGGAAAGUUUCUAGAUUUUUCAUUAACAUAGAAGACUAAUUUUAAAAAAUCAAUGGAGAAUAUAUUGGUAUUUGAAAAGGAUAAAUGCGAAAAAAGUUAGAAUUUUUCAGCAAGAUCUUUGAAGCAGAGAUCAACUCAAAUGGUUAACAAAUAUUUUAUACCUACUUCGUUUUAAGAGUCUUUUGGAGUUCCUAAUAAAAUGAAACUUAAAUAGCAUAAAAGAGUACUACCUCCAUUAAAAACAAAAUGA